CUGGAUGCUGAAAAAGAACGUCAUCUACCUUUUUACGUUUAGCUUUAGCAAAAAUUAGCUAGGUGUUCAAUCAUAGAUAAAUCCUGCCGAACCAAGCGUAUUUUCUUUUGAACCGACAGCCUAAGUAAGAGCGAUAUAUUUGGCGCUCCCUGGUAUUACAGUGCCAAACAUGUAUGUAAAAGCCUUACGUCGAUGCAGAGACAUGUUGAAAGGAGAACUGGUCGUGUGAAACGCUGACUAGCUUACUCAAAGCUAACUGACGAACAGGGGCCGAGAAGCGAAAGUGGCUAAUAUUAAGGACUGCUAAGCCUAUCACAACAACGCUGGGUGUCUUAGCAUUUCUACCGUGAUCACGAGAAGAGGGGCUGAUAGAGGGAGACUGAGAGUGAGAGAUUCCUUUCAUACGCACUAGCAGUGGGUCUCUCAGGGCAGAGCCAUGGGUGCGUUCCUGGACAAGCCCAAAACAGAGAAGUACAACUCACAUGGCGAGGGCAAUGGCCUGCGCUAUGGGCUAAGCUCCAUGCAGGGCUGGCGGGUGGAGAUGGAGGAUGCUCAUACAGCUGUGUUGGGCCUUCCAGCCCUUGGUAUGACUGACUGGUCCUUUUUUGCUGUGUACGAUGGCCACGCAGGCUCUAAAGUUGCCAAUUACUGCUCCAAGCAUCUUCUUGAGCACAUAAUCACCGCUAGCUUAGGGGCUGGAAACACACAAGGCUCUCAGUCUGGAUCAGACGGCUCCAACGCUUCAGUACCAGUUCCGCCUGCAGUGGAGGCUGUGAAAGCCGGCAUCCGGACAGGCUUCCUGAAAAUAGAUGAGCACAUGCGCAGCUUCUCCGACCUUCGAAAUGGCAUGGACCGCAGUGGCUCUACGGCAGUGGGAAUUCUUCUGUCACCUGAUCAUUUCUUCUUCAUUAACUGUGGGGAUUCUCGAGCAGUUCUCUACCGCAAUUCACAGGUGUGCUUCUCCACACUUGACCACAAGCCUUGCAACCCACGUGAGAGAGAGCGCAUCCAGAAUGCUGGCGGUUCAGUGAUGAUUCAAAGGGUUAAUGGGUCACUGGCUGUAUCAAGGGCCUUGGGGGACUAUGAUUACAAGUGUGUGGAUGGUAAGGGUCCCACAGAGCAGCUGGUUAGUCCUGAACCAGAGGUGUUUGUGAUGGUUCGGGCACCAGAACAGGAUCAGUUUGUGAUUUUAGCGUGUGAUGGAAUCUGGGACGUUAUGUCCAAUGAGGAGUUGUGCGAGUUUGUGAAAUCGAGGCUUGAGAUCUGUGAUGAUCUGGAGAAAGUCUGCAAUGAAGUGGUGGAUACCUGUCUGCACAAGGGGAGUCGGGAUAACAUGAGUGUUGUGAUAGUGUGUUUGCCCAAUGCUCCCAAAGUAUCGGAGGAAGCUGUGAGGAAAGACACUGAGCUCAACAGUUACCUGGAGUCUCGAGUUGAAGAGAUGCUGUCUCGGCCAGGGGAGGAGGGGUUUCCGGAUCUGGUAACAGUGAUGAGAAACCUGUCCACUGACAGCGGCAUGCCCCCUCUGCCACCAGGGGGUGGUCUUGCCAGCAAACGCAGUGUUAUUGAAGCAGUAUACAACCGUCUGAACCCAUACAGGGAGGAGGAUGGAAGUGGAGCGGAAUUGGAGUACCACUGGUAGCUGUCCAGCACAACUGCCUGAUCGAAAAUACAGGACCACUAUUCCACAUGAGAUUACAUUCAUUGUCACCUUUUAAUUUUUUCUGUAAUUCAUUCCGCCCCCCACACUGAGAAUAACUGAAGCUGAAAUCUUGGUUUUAAAAACACCUAAUGUGGAGGACUACAAAACUGUUCUUGUUCCUUUUUUUUAAAAUUUUUUAAAUAGACAAACUAUGGGGGGGGCACUGCGUUCAUGUUCCGACUCCAGAACUACAUCUACAAUAUAAACACAGCGAGGAGGAGAGGCCAACAAGCACAGUUUCUCUUGCCCCUUGUUUUCUUUUUUCUUUUCUUUUUUUUUUUUGUGGAUUUGCAGAGACAGAGGUCACAGGUCUGAAUCUUUUAGGGUUCUGUGGUGCCUUGCUUAGACCAGAGAGAGCGGGAGGGAGGGAGAGAAAGGAGGACCUCAUAACUCGCCAGCCAGCCACGACCAAAACCAACCACUUGUGGAUUCAUUGUAAACACUGAGAAGGCUUAAAGUGGUUUGUGGCAUUAUUUGUUUGGAAGUGUGAACUUUUUCUUGCACCUGACGGGGAGUUGAUCGACCACACAAGCCUGCAACUCAACUACACACCUUAAGCUAUACUGUCCAGUUCAGGAUCUGGGCGUUACUGGUACACAAACAGGAGCCAACUCUUCACUUAUUAAUGGACAUGGCUCACUGGAGAUCAUCUUACAGAACUCACAGAAAUGUAAUAAAAAUAACUAAAUGAAUCACUAUCCAAAGACCUUGAGGUUAAACCCUCAAAUUCAGGGUCUGAAAGCCUGAGAAUCCACACCUGACGAUAAGGGGAGCACUUAUGUGAGAGACUUUCUGGCACCAAAUCCCAUUUUGACUCCUGGAUAUUAUGUCCAGACUUAAAUGGGACGUGGACUGGUUUGCCCAGCUGCAACUACAUUAAACUUGAGCGUGAUAGCGACUCUCUUGCAUGUCUGCUUACUUUCUGUCUGCUCAUCUCUUUCAGGAUCUUGUCACUUGAUUUGUCACUCUUCCCUUCUGUCUGCCUUAUUUUUAAAUUUUUUGUUGUUUUAACUUCAGUUUCUCUGCUGCGUCAUGAGGCAGAAGAGACUCAGCUCUCAUUUUGCAUUUGCAGACAAUGCCAGAAUCAUAAGCUUUUGAGCCUGCUGUUGUUGAAGAUAUUAUAGAAAGAUAGAAACUGUAUAUGAAAUUCAUAAAUAUAAAAAAUAUAUAUAGGGAGAUAUCUAUAUAGACAGAAAUAUUUUGAUUUGUUUGUUGUCCCUUAAAUUCCCAGCCAUGGUAUUCAUUGCGGCCUAAUCUGGAAAAAAAAAGAAGGGGGGGGGGGGGGGGGGAAACACCCCCACCCAAUAGCCCAACCCAUGAUGCUGCACGCACCGUUCCCACACAGCAGCGUUCCAAAGACAGGGUUUGGGGUAAAGGAAUUCCAACCGCCCCCUCAUCCUUAACACAUGCGCACACACAAUCCUGCUCAUGCUACAGCUUGCCUUUUUCUAUCUCUCUGAUAUCGUGUGUGUGUGUGUGUGUGUGUAUUAAAAAAAGAA